UGUGAAUGACCUAAUAUGACUUAUGCUUGCUUGUCUUUAUUCGGGAUCAGAUAUUUAUGGGGUAACAUCCAAAUAUUCGUUGAGUGCAAAUGUGCAACAUGGACAUUAGAGUAUACAGUUACAUCUCAAAAAAAAAAAGAGAAAGACAUCAUUUCCUCUCCUCCAGUGAAUCUCAUUGAGACGUGGCAGGUUUGUCUCGACAGGUUGAGUGAAUGAAGCGUGACCCGGAAACACUUUGAUCGGCACCAAACAAGAAGGAUGUUCAGUUAGCCAGUUUCUUAGGCUCACCAAGUCUGGAAGUUGUGAUGUUAUUUAUGACAACUACAGCUGGAAGAAAUUAUGCAGGAUGUCGUCAGUUUGGACGUAAAGGUUAACGCGUCAGGGUUCUUUAUUUUGUGAAUUUUGAGAGCCGAACAGUAUUACCGAAGCUAGUUAGCUUAGCUUGGCUAACGUUACCGAGGCCAGAGGCUGUAACGUCUGUUUAGUUAACGUGGAUGUUUGGUGGCAAGCUGCUCUGCAGCAAACGAGGGGAGCUGACGUUUUGUUAAAUUAACCGUUACUGCCAACUAACAGCUAACAGUUUGGGGUAUGUUAUGUAACUUGACGAGCACGAAUAAAAGUCCGUGUUAACAGAGAAGUGAGGUGGCAGUUGAUGGUUUAGCUUAGCAGUGUUAUUAGCCAAAGAGAAAAGUGCAGCCAUGGACGAUUUUAGCUCGAUCAGCCUGUUGUCCCUUGCGAUGUUGGUGGGAUGUUAUGUGGCCGGGACGAUACCUUUGGCUGUCAACUUUUCAGAGGAGAAGCUGAAGCUGGUCACUGUGCUGGGAGCAGGGCUGCUCUGUGGGACCGCACUCGCUGUUAUCAUUCCUGAAGGGGUCCACGCACUUUAUGAAGAAAUCCUUGAGGGAGGACACCACAGUCACGGCCAGGUUGGGGUUUUGGAGGUGUCCGAGACAAAAGUCGAAGGAGAUGCAGGCUUGGGCGAGAGCGGGAAACACGAGCACAGUCACGAGCAGCUCCACGCCUGCAUCGGAGUGUCUCUGGUCCUGGGCUUCGUCUUUAUGCUGCUUGUGGACCAGAUAGGAAGUUCUCAUGUGCAUAACACUGAAGAUCCAGAGUCCGCAAGGGUCACCAACUCAAAAAUUACCACCACCCUGGGUCUCGUGGUCCACGCUGCCGCUGAUGGAGUGGCACUAGGAGCUGCUGCCUCAACCUCUCAGACCAGCGUUCAACUCAUUGUCUUUGUAGCAAUCAUGCUGCAUAAGGCUCCUGCAGCGUUCGGCCUGGUGUCGUUCCUGAUGCACGCCGGGCUCGAGAGGAACCGCAUCCGCAAACAUCUCCUGGUCUUCGCCCUGGCAGCGCCCGUCCUCGCGAUGCUCACUUUUCUAGGCCUCAGUCAGAGCAGCAAGGAGGCCCUGUCAGACAUCAACGCCACCGGUGUUGCCAUGCUCUUCUCUGCCGGCACCUUCCUCUACGUGGCCACCGUCCACGUCCUCCCUGAGGUGGGGGGCACCGGCCACAGCCACGCUCCCGCAGGAGGCAACGGAGGGAAGGGACUGAGCAAGGUGGAGGUGGUAGCUCUGGUGCUGGGCUGCCUCAUACCUCUGGUGCUGUCCGUCGGUCACCACCACUAGACUCAGAGCUCAGGAGUAGAGAAGAAAGAAGCGGAAAACAAAGACUUCAAACAUUGUGGAUCUACAUGUCUUAUUGCUUGUUGUUUGCUGAUGUACCUCGUGGAUCAGGCUGGUGGACUUCUUACGACUCGGAGAUGAACUUGAAACAGGGAAUGAAUAAUGUUAGGGAAAUCAGAGUUGCUGCAGUGACAACCAAGGCACACAAUGAUGCUUAUUUCUGCCGACACAACACUUUACAGCUCCAGUUUGUGUCCGUUUAUUCCAUCAGAAAUCUUUUUUUUUUUUUUUAGAUUUUGAGGCAUUUUUAUGCCUUUAUUGGAUAGAAACAGUUUAGAUAUGACAGGAAUAAAGAGACGGGGAAUGACAUGCAACAAAGGUCCGCUGCUGGAGUCGAACUGCAGAUGUUGCGUUUACGUGGCAAGCGUCUUAACCAGUAGACUACCGGGGCGCGCCAGAAAUCUUUUCUUUUUUUCUUUUUUUUUUUUAAAAGAGAGGCCAGAGUGGUGAACCCUUUAGCUCAGUAUAUUUAGAUCACUGUGGAGUUUUCAGUGUUGCAUUAUUGUGCUCGUCCACAGUCAGAGAACCAACCCUGAUUUCAUGACAGUGAUGUUUUACUAGAUGGCAGUUGCACAGUGAGAUUUAGAAUAUCUUGAUUGAAGUUGUGAUACCAAGAAAGCAACGUAAACUCUCUUUUUUUAUAUAUAAUUGUACAGAUUGUAAAUCUCUUAGCAACAAUCCAGACUGAUUUGAACAGAUUUUUCAAGUGCCAUAUUAGCAAGCUGAAACAGAUCCAUGAAGAAGAGACGGCGCCUCGAGGACUUUACAGUUUGUAGAAGACGUUCCUGACUUAUUUUCUUACCUAAAAAGGUUUCUUCUCUCGCUGACAGCUGCGAGGCAGGACGAGACACUAGCCUAACCGGCCAGAAACCCGUAACAGUUUUUUUGCUUUGGCUCGUGAUUUUUGUCUACCUGAGUGAGAGGUCCUGUCAUGUUAUAAAAAUCUGUUGUGAAAAAAAAGCUGUUUUCGGUCCGACGGGAAGCCUAUCUACGACAUAUAGUUUAAAACCACAUGUUAAAGAUCCAGUCAGCUCGAUGCCCCGUGUGAGGAUGAGACACAACCAGCCUCAAUGAUUCACAUGAACUUUUGUCACUUUUAUUUUAUCGGUUGAGUUUCUGGAAUGUGUUCAUUUCUUUUCUGUUUUUCCUGAAGAAUAAUUAUAAAUAGAGAUCACAGGAAAAAAAAAAUCUGUAUAGAAUUGUCUUAAGUGAUUGUAUAGAGUGUUACUAAGCUUAUUUUAAGGUGGAGGGUUAUUUCAGCAGUCUGAAUGAAUGAAUGAAUGAACGAAUGAAUGAAUUGCCUUGUAAAGAGCAAGAACCGGAUGAGCUCACACUGAGGGACCAUUGACGGAAAUAUUAGUCGUUACAGAUCAGUGAGGAGAUUUUGAACAAAUCUUUUGUUUUUGUUUUUUUAAAGCCCUUUAGUUCUUUUACUCCCCAAUUAAGUAAUUAAUUAAUCAUACCUGAGCAAUAAUCAUACACAUGAAGUCACUUCUCUGUCAGGAGUGCAGCUGAUGUUUUGCCUUCAUUGACAAAAUAUUUCUUAUGUGAUUGACAUAUCAAGAUGCUCUUGAACGCAGCCCCGCCCCCCAACAUCCCUCCCCGUCUCUGCUCCGGCACCGUUACAACUGUAAACGGUUGAUGCAUUAAAAUGUACCGCUCCCUCUUCUAUCAGGACACGUGGAUAUUGUGAGUGUGUCACUGUGCCUGCUCACAGCAGACCUCGUGUGUGUGUGUGUGUGUGUGUGUGUGUGUGUAUACGUGUGUAAGUAUACUGUACAGAGUUACUUCUUCCUUCCACAAUCAUCAUGGUUUCUUGUGUGCGAUGGAACUGCUUACUCACAAAUACAUUUUUUUUUUUUUUUAAUGUGAAUUUCUGGACGUGGACGGACUGUUCUGUUCAGUGCUGACACAAGAGGAGUCUCUGUUUCUUAACGGUUUACACACGACUUGUCAAUUAAUUCCAACUUAAAUGACGAGAAGAAACCUACCGCGAUGUUUUAAGCUUCCUACAAGAAGGAAAAAAGGAGUGAGUCGCAUGCAGACCAGCAGCUGCAUGACCGUUUUGUUUUUUAUAUGGGAAACUGUGUGUGCGUGCGUGUGUGUGUGUGUGUAUAAAAGGGAAAUCCCCCCCCCCACAGUGUUGCUUCUGGGCAUGUUGGAGGACUGACCCAUUAUGUGUCUGUAAACAUUGUUGCAUCAAAACCCCUGCUGAGAUUUGACAUUUAUAUGUUACCCAUCCUU